AAGCAUGGCUGCGUUGUUUAGAGGGUCACGAAAUUUAUUGUUAAGGUGGAAUAAGCAUGUCAACCUUACCUCUGUGUCAACGCGAUCAAUGGCCUCAAAAACACCAGUGGGGUUUAUUGGCCUGGGAAACAUGGGCAGUCCCAUGGCCAGAAACUUGUUAAAAAACGGUUAUCCUGUUAUUGCCACUGAUGUCUUCCCUGAGUCCUGCAAAGAGCUGCAGGACCUGGGUGCCCAGGUAGUGGACUCCCCGUCAGAGGUGGCAGAGAAAGCAGACCGCAUCAUUACAAUGCUGCCGUCAAGUCCCAAUGUCAUAGAGGUCUACACAGGCCCAAAUGGCAUCCUCAAAAAGGUGAAGAAGGGAACACUGUUGAUUGACUCCUCCACCAUUGACCCUGCAGUUUCAAAAGAGAUGGCAGUCGCUGCAGAGAAGAUGGGUGCUGUGUUCAUGGACGCUCCAGUGUCAGGAGGUGUCGGGGCUGCCAGCUUGGCCAAACUGACCUUCAUGGUAGGUGGAGUAGAGGAGGAAUACAACGCUGCACAGGAGCUGCUCACCUGCAUGGGUGCCAAUGUUGUCUACUGUGGACAGGUUGGCACUGGACAGGCAGCAAAGAUCUGCAACAACAUGCUGCUGGCCAUCGGGAUGAUUGGGACCGCAGAGACCAUGAACCUUGGCAUUAGACUGGGUUUGGAUCCGAAGCUGCUGGCGAAGAUCCUCAACAUGUCCUCAGGUCGUUGCUGGUCCAGCGACACGUACAACCCAGUCCCCGGGGUCAUGGAGGGAGUCCCCUCUGCCAACAACUACCAGGGCGGCUUUGGAACCACACUAAUGGCAAAGGAUCUUGGUUUGGCCCAAACCACUGCCACCAACACUAAGACACCCAUCCCUCUGGGUUCCCUCGCCCACCAGAUCUUCCGAGUCAUGUGCUCCCGCGGCUACGCUAACAAGGACUUCUCAUCUGUCUUCCAAUUCCUUCGCGAGGAGGAAGGACAGUGAAUGUAGGGGGAGCACAGCUGACUGUGAUUUUACCAUACAUACACACACACACACACACACACACACACACACCACAACCACACACCCCAGUGCCCCUUAUCCCACUAUGCUCAGGAGAGACUAAGGCCUUGCUCUCAGGCACAGACCUGCGGUCCAAUUAACAUACUGUAUGUCGACACGUGUCCCCUCAUCGCAUUAGCUGAAUCAUAUUUUCAAUUCAUGGCGCUCCCUCUGCAUGCGGGGAAAUGCUAAAACUGACCUUAGAUCAGUAUCUAGAGACAAAGCAACUCUCUUCCCAGUCUGGUCUGAGUGGCCAGAGUGGGGAAAAUGAGAGGUAGGAUGAAGCGCUGCAGGUUUACAUGAAACUCUGCAUGUAAGUAUGUAUUUCAAGAUGAUUGAUGAGUAAUAAUUUCAUAAAUGUUAAAAGUUGUAUGUUGUUGUCAGGUUUGUGCUUUUUGCCUACUACCCAAAUAACCUGGAUGUGUCCCUGUUAAAUCAUAGAGGACAAAAAAUUAAGAAAAAAAAAA